CAACAAAGUAGACGCAAAUUGAUGUCGAUUGUAACAGGUUAAAGUAAACUACAGUCCAUGUGAACAGUUGUAUGCACUGAAAACAAACUAUGCGCUCGUUCAGAUGUUAUGUAACCACAACUAGUGGAAUUCUUUACAAAAGCCUGACUAUACAGAAGUCAAGUAACGCGGGGUUGCGGUGUGAAGAAGGAUAUAUAGAGCAAGGGCUUCGAAAGUUGAAAACAAAAAAGACACAUAUGACCCACUAGAAGAUUUGGCAAACAUGAGUUUGAAUAACUUCAAUACAGAAAUUCAGGGACACGUACAAGUCUUCACUAUCAUGGAUAUAAUUAACAGGUUAUCAGAAGGACAGCGGGUGCCAGCAAAAGAGAGCAUGCGAUAUGAAUUGUUGCGGUUUUGUACAUUCCGUAAAUAUCCUUCAUUUGGAAAGCCUUCAUUAAUAAGACUUGCCAAAGCGGGCUUCUAUUAUGCUUCAAACCGAGAUGAAGUCGUCUGCUAUUGCUGUGCAACACGCAUCAGCAACUGGAAAGAAAAUGACGAUCCUAUGCUUGCUCAUGAACAUGUAACACCUGACUGUUGCUUCCUUUUGAGGAAUUCUGAGGUCAAUUUUCCGGUCAGCACUUCAAGCAGUUCCGAUGUGAUACAGAGACUUGAACGUCUGGAAAAUGAUCCAGAAUUCAUAAGCCAGGUGUUUAAUGGGACAUCCACAGACGCAAUCGAAAGAAUUAAUAACCAGUUGCGAGAUUGUAUUAGACUUGAUGGUGGAACAGAUGAUAAUUAUACAAACAUGGAUGUAACUUCAGAUCAUCUACUGGAAAACAGAAAUGAUGGAAUGUUUCAUAGGGAAUCCGCGGGUAGUUUAGAAAAAUGCCUGCCCCUGAUAGCAACCGAUAACAGAAAAGAUACAGACAGGCCAAAUAUGACCAAACUUGGACAUACGACUGCCGAUGGAAGAUCCAUUUGUAAGAAAAUGAAAAGUAUGACUGGCAUUAUGGUGCAUGACACUUGUAACAUACCAUAUUUUGUCAACACGAAAGCUGUUCAACCGUCUGAUGAUUCAACCACAAACGUGACACAAGUGGAUAAUGUGGUCAACUCUACUGACGCCUCAUCCAAGUACCCCAACCACUCUACCAGUGCUGCCAGGAUUGCGAGAUUCAGGAAGACCAAUCGAAAUGCUGCGUCCGAUAAUAGUACAGUACCAAAAACAGUUUGUUGUGGAGCGGGAGCAGAUGAUAUCGUACCAAACGUAACGAAAGACCAGUGCAGAAUCACCCAGACUGGUGUUAGCGCUAAACCGCAAACGUUACCUAGUUCAAAGCCUGCUCCACUAUACACGGAGUACAGUACAGCUGCUUCGCGAAUUGCAAGCUUUGGACAAAAUGUGCAUAUUGCUGUCCAAAUCGAAAAGUUGUGUGACGCCGGAUUCUUUUAUCUCGGGUCUGGAGAUGAGACUCGAUGUUUCUUCUGCGGAAUAGGACUUUGCAAUUGGGCUGACGUUGAUGAUCCGAUGAAAAUUCAUGCCCGCUUCUCAAGCAAGUGUUCGUUUGUCGUAGAAGCCAAAGGAUGAACAGUGCAGUAAGGCUGCAACGGAUCUGUAUCAUCGAGAAGGAUGCUUAAAGUCUUACCAAUUUACCAAAACAAGGUGAAUUUGAUAAAAUUAAACAGGCAAGCAAUCCUAUGUCAUGUUUUCAUUCUAAGUGUUAGACAAAAAAUUUCAAACUUGUAUAUACAAAUUGAUCUGCGGAAUGUUUUGAUUCACCUUCAAGUAGACAUGGUAGUUUCUUCAGAAAACAAGAAUUACAGCCAUAUUGAAUAUAUUUAAACAAUAAAUUGUUCAGAAGUGUUUUUAGUGUUUCAGCAAGCCAGCAUAAGCCGAUUAAAAAAGGACCUUUUUUCUUGUUUCAAAGUUUUGUUCAUGUCGUAAAAUAUGAUACAAUCAAUUAACAAAGAUAUGUACAUGUAAAUACUUAUUUAACCAUAUGUCUUAUGGUUAAAGUAUAUACUGACUAUCACAAUUAAUCCAAAAACUUAAUGUCUAUACAAUUCCUUUUUCCUGUUUAGCACAGUUUACUUUACUUAAAUACUUUUUUAUACUUAUUUAUGUAUAACAAAAAUUAUUCUUAACACAAAAGGUUUCCAGAUUAACAACUUCACUUUAACUAUGAUUACAGUGUUCAAAUAACAUACAUACCGUACUAUGUAAGAUUAUCUAUUUGCAUUUGGGAUGGACAUUAUAUACAAAAAUCAUAAAUGUGACUUUAAAAGAGUACAUUAUUACAACACUAUCCAUUAUAAUUUUAAAUUCCAAUAUGCAAAUUACAAAAACUAACUUAAACAAGUAAACACAAUGUGCAAGUAACUUAAGUUGGUUACUAGAUAAAAAGCAGUUUUUGAUCCAAUUAUCAAUUACAUAUGAUAAAUUAUAAUGAAAGUUACAAGGUUGACAACCUUUAUUUUUGUAUUAAUAAAAUUAUGAAUUGUAUAGAGGUCUUACAUGUAUAACUGUCCGUAAAACUCCUUAAUUUGAUUCACUUAUUGUGUUUGCAAAAACAAAAGCAAAUCUUAGGUACGCUUUUAAUCGUAAAAUGGAACAGUCCGGAUGAUAACUCAAGAAUGCUUAGGCCUAGGAUCAUGAAACUUCAUAGGUACAUUGAUCAUGACUGGCAGAUGCCCCCUAUUGAUUUUCAGAUCAAAGGUCAAGGGCACAGUGACUCGAAAUAGUAAAUGGCUUCCGGAUGAUAACUCAAGAAUGCUUACGCCUAUGAGUAUGAAACUUUAUAGGUACAUUGAUCAUGACUGGCAGAUGACCUUUAUUGAUUAUCAGGUUACUCGAUCAAAGGUCAAGGUAACAGUGACUUGAAACAGUAAAAUGAUUUCCGGAUGAUAACUCAAGAAUGCUAACGCCUAGGAUCAUGAAACUCUAUAGGAAUAUUAAUCAUGACUAGCAGAUGACCCCUAUAGAUUUUCAGGUCACUAAGUCAAAGGUCAAGGUCACAGUGACUCGAAACAGUAAAAUGGUUUCAGGAUAACUCAAGAAUGCUUACGCCUAGGAUCAUGAAACUUCAUAGGUAAAUUGAUCAUGACUGGCAGAUGACCCCUAUUGAUUUUCAGUUGACUAGGUCAAGGUCACAGUGACUCGAAACAGUAAAAUGGUUUCCGGAAGAUAAUUCAAGAAUGCUUACGCCUAGGAUCAUGAAACUUCAUAGGAACAUUGACCAUGACUGGCAGAUGACCCCAAUUGAUUUUCAGGUCACAAGGUCAAAGGUCAAGGUCACAGUGACUCGAAACAGUAAAAUGGUUUCAGAGUGAUAACUCAAAAAUGCUUACUCCUAGGAUCAUGAAACUUCAUAGGAACAUUGAUCAUGACUGGCAGAUGACCCCUUUUUGAUUUUCAGGUCGCGAGAUCAAAGGUCAAGGUCACAGUGACUUGAAACAGUAAAAUGGUUUCCUGAUGAUAACCCAAUAAUUAUUAGGCCUAGGAUCAUGAAACUUCAUAGGUACAUUGGUCAUGACUGGCAGAUAACCCCUAUCGAUUUUCAGGUCACUGGGUCAAAGGUCAAGGUCACAGUGACAAAAAACCUAUUCACACAAUGGCUGCCACUACAACUGACAGCCCAUAUGGGGGACAUGCAUGUUUAACAAACAGCCCUUGUUUAUUAUGUUAAUUUGCGAAAUGAAUGUGACUAAGUGUUAUUUACCUGAUUUGCAAAAAAUACUUAAUAUAUACGAUAUAGUUUUAGCUGCAUAUUUGUAGAUUUCUGUAAUAUUAGAUUUUUUCAUGGUGUGAUGAAGGAGUCUAGACACCGGUUUGGAGUCAUGGGUCAUUAAAUGUACCCCUGCCAUUAAAAGAAAAACGAACAUAACAACAAAUGAGCAGUAGGGUUGCGUAUCCUGCUCGCGGUUAAACAUGAAUCUAACGAUUAUAGUAUGGGGUGUGACAUGUGCACUUCUUGAUUGGUGGUAUUGGAUAAAUCUUGCAAAUGUCGCAGCUGUUCUAAACAAAACUUAUUCUUCAUUGGGUGUACACGUUCGAUUUAAGCUUAGGCUUACCUUUACAGUUUAUAUGAAAGAUAUUGAACUGCUCACAGCCUUAGAUGUGUGUGAUAAAUUGAAGUAUUUCAAGUUUGAAAUAUUUACGGACGUCUCAAGACUUCUCAACUGAGCGGUGCCUUUGAGUCAAUCUCCGUUGCACUUGAAGACAAACGGGCAUCAGAAAAAUUGUGUUGUUUUUCAUAUGUCCAAAGCCUUGUCAAAUACAAACGCCCACUCCUAGUUUGUAUCUGUGUUAUUAUUUAUAAGGAAUUCCAUCGUAAACUUAUCAAAAAUAAUAAUGAUAAAUUUAUUAAUGAUGAUGUUGUCAGUAAAUAUUAUUUUGAUGUUGUUAAUGCUGAUGAGGAGGAUUUUAUAAUUUUUCAGACUAGGGAAUAAAUAAUUUAAUCAUGGUUAUGAAUAAACGUAAUUUAAACUAUACGGUGUGGUAUUACUCAAGCAUUAGAUAUUAUUCGUUAAAAUCGACGCUCUACGCUUUUCAUACCCGUAACGUCCUUGCUAUAUUUGAGAGUGCCUCUGAAUUUUCCAACACGGUAUCUUUUGUCUCUAAAUGAUUGGACAUCUGCAUUUUUUAAAUAUCUUUUGUAUCUUUAAUAACGGACACGAAAACAAAAGUGUUUUAGUAAAUUUAGUUACUUAAGAGUUAUAACGAUAUUUAAACAUCCCAUUAAAGCCCAUUAACCCUAAAAAUCAACGAAAUAUUUCGUAAAAUAUUUCGAAUAAUAAAGUGAACACAUUCACAAUAAAUGUUCCGCAUAGCAAUAGCCAAAAUUUCAACGCUAGAUGUGGUCUGGUAAAUAGAUUUAACAAGAUACAAAAUGCUCUUCUUUGUUUUUUGCGGGACUAUAUAUUCAACACAUGUUCAUAUACCAAGUUAGUGUUCAUUUUUCGUAUGAAUAGGUAUUGUUGCAGGAAAUUAAAAUGCAAUAUAUUAAGCCACACAAAAAUAAAAACGCGUAUUUUAAAUAUCUUUAAAUAUAUAAUACCGUACCACAUCUAGCGUUGAAAUUUUUGCUGAUGCUAUAAGGAACACUGAUUUUUAUGUAUUGUUCUUUUUGGUACCCUAGUUUGACACAAUAUUGGUAAACUAGGCUUCAGACUUCCCAAAAUAAAUUGAUCAGAUUUGUCCUCAAUAUGCAUAGCAGGGCUCAUGUUGGUAUUGAACAAUUUAAGUCACUGAACUGGUUACCUGUUUCUAAGAGAGUAGAUCAAUUAACUCUAUGUCAUGUUCAUAAGAUAAAGUCAGACGCAUGUCCUGAAUAUCUUAAGGAGCAUUUUGUACCCCUAAAUUUGGCCCAUGACCGAUGUACCAGAUCUAGAGUGUCUGCACUCCCUGUGCCCGGUUCACUUGAUAGAAGUUAUAGUUUUUGUGACACUGGGAGAUUUUCUUUACCAAAAGUUGGAAGUUUUUGUAAGAAAUCUUUUUCUUACAAUGGUAUUGUUCUGUGGUAUAGUCUCCCACAAUCACUUAGGGAUAUCGAAUCUUCCCACUCGUUUAAGCACGCCAUCAAAACCCACUUAAUGGCCAGUUGAUUUUAUCACAUUCAUUUUAACUUUGCUUUAAUUAAUGUACCUGUUUUAUUCCAAUUUUAGUUAAACAUUGACCAUGAUUUACUUAAUUGUAUAUUGAUAUUAAAUCAUUGUAUUUUUUAAAUAAUAUUAAAUGUAUUUAAAGUUGUUGGAUUAAAGUAAGACUGGCAUAUCUGUGAUACAACAUUACAUGUGAUACUCAUAAAUAUGUGAUAUAUAUAUAAUGUGAUCUCAUUUAGCAUACAUAACUGAACUAGUACUUUUGUGCUUACACGGUAAUUACCAUUGAUACAAGUAACAUCCCCUCUCGUGGCAGGCUGCCAAUAUCAGGGACCACAAUGAAAAUAAGUGAAAUCAUUUUCACUUGUUUGUGUUAUCCCUGGUAAUGGUUAGCAUUUCAUGGUAAUAUUUAUUUAUUUGAACUUAUAUUUGUCAUAUUAUGUCAUGUAUUACUUAACUAACCAUUCAUCAGUUUGUGUUAGUAUGUAUCUAUUUGUUUGUAUCUUACCAUGAUUUGUGUAUCAGUGCCAAAAUAAAACUACUAUGUAUUAAAUAUUCGUUGAUUUUGAGUAUGUAUGUUACUUUAAAUUUAAAAUCUUGAAAUAAAAAAUAUGAAUCUUU